AGCCUACAGCAAUCUAGAAUGAUACUUCUUAGCUGAGUUAAAAUGGAGUUUCCAAAGGUAUGUGUUAGUUGAUGUACUUGGUAGAGCAGCUGUAAAGCAGUUCUGCUCAGGAGCUAAAAAAUAGUAAAGCAUAUUACUUGUUAUACCAGUGUAGAGACUUAUGUUAUUUUCUUCUGUCAACAGUAACUUUAGAAGUUUUUUUUUUCCUGAAGUGCUAACCACGAAAUCAUACUUACACAUUAAAAUUCCAGUUGUGUUAUUUUGUGUGUACCUAAUUCUAGCAGAAGCAGUAUUUAUUCUUAGAGAAUGCCUCUGUGUUCUAGCUAACUUAAAUCUAGUCCCCAGACUUACAUUUUGCUUUUUUCUCCCCAACAGUUAGAAUAUAUUUAUUGGUUCCAUCCGUACUUCUGUACUGAUGUAUUACAGAAGCAGGAAAAGUUAGCUGUUGUUGAGUUACGUGUGGCUGUAUCCAGACUGCUACUGGCACCUGGGCUAGCUCAAAGAUCAUGUAAGUUCUUAAUUUAUCUAAAUCCAUAUUUCUUAAUAAAUAUUACUGGCCUAAAUGCCCACAGCAAGAACUUCUCAUACUUUUUAAAGACACUGAACUGCUUUCUUUUAAAUAUCUGGAGGAUUAGAUUCUUUUAAGGGUAGAUUUGUUCAUAUAUUUUCUAGUUUCCUAGGUAAUUCUAGCUGUAUUAUGUCAGUUAAGCUAGUGAUAAUCCGAAGACUUGAGCAACAUCUGAAGAAGAUAAGAACCUUGAUGUUGCGCUGUUGUAUGAUCUGGACAUGCCUGAUCUCCUACUAAAGCAGCUUGAAGUAUGUCCUUAAUACCAAUUACUGCUGCGUGCCCGUGGCCUCCUCUGGAAGUUCUUUUUUCUUACUUUUUUUGCUCAAACAGUACACUAACUGCUGUUUGGUUCCCCCCUGCCCCCAGUUACUUACUAGAGCCUCCUGGCCCAGUAAUACAGUCUUUUUGGACUUACCUGUCUCAAAUAUAGUACUUACACAUUUUUUCUUCCUUUCCUCUCAAAUAUACAUACCUGCUAAGUGGAACCGAAAUGAAACUUUGAUGAUAAAACUGCCUUUUUAUAUUGAAACACUCUGGCUAGUUAAUCACUGUUGGUAAUUGCUAGGUUUAUUUUCUACAUGUUUUUGUAGGUACUAAUAUAUAUAUUUUGUUAAUUAAGGGCUAAGGAGUUUUUUUUUCAUUGUAGUUAUUUCCUUACGCAGCUCCUUUGUCAGUAGGUCUCUGACUUCUCCGGGCUAGGCCAUUGAAGAUUAGCUACUGAACUUGUGCAUAAGGUCCCAAAUGGAAAUGAAAGGCGUUCUGUGGAAUGUUACGGUUUCUGGGUGUAUUUUCCUGAAUUACCAUUAAUCUGGGUAAAUCUUUACUGAUUAUCAUGAAGUAUAAAGUUCCAUUUUGAAAUGGUUUAAAUUGCUGGAAGGGUGGGUUCCCUUCUCCCAGGCAGCGUAAAUUUCAACAAAUUAAUCAGUUAUAGGCAUAAAUAUAAGCAAAUGAGAAGAUGGUUGGAAGAUGUUAGGAAGAUAUGUGAAAAACUGAAGUUAUAAUUCACUAUCUCUUGAUGAGCCACUAUAUUCUCGAAGUGUUUUAUCUAGUUGGCUGAAGGUAUUCCGACAAUUCACGAAUGUGGAGGCCCACAGAAUUCCUCGUAGAGGAAAACUAGGAGUGCUAGCUUUGAGAUACUGCAAGCUGAAUUUAGUAUGCUUGCUCUCUCUAAAGGUUUCUGAUACUUGGAAACUAUCUAGGUUUUGUACCAGGUAUCAAGAUCUAAUAGUGUAAAUAAACAUGGCUGGAAAGAAUAAACUGCCUUCUAAGAAUUUCUGUCUUGCACUGGAAUCUUUAGAGGAACUUUCCAGAAGAGCUUCCUUAUCACAAGAUGACCUGAAGUUUGGUAGUGAGCCGUCAAGUGCAGGUAACUUAUUGUCAAGUGCUCCCAGCAAAGUGGAAUUAAGUGACCAGGAGAUGAUCUCAAGUUAGACUUGAAUUAGAAUAUCUUCAUCUGAAAUAUGAAAGUUAAAAUUCAAUAACAAGGAGCAGCUAGAAGGUUGUAUUCCUCCAAAUGAGCGUCAUGCGGUUAUGCUGGGCCGUGUGUGGACUUGUAACAUAAUUCAGGCUACCAUCUUAGUAUAUCUGGAAGAGAUCUAAGUAAUGAUCAAGUUCUUUUGAUGAGGAUAAACUUAAAGGCAGGUGAGUGAAAUUACAUGGGUGUAUUAAUGUAAACCCAUGGGUGCAAAGACAAUCCCAGAAGGAAAAAAAAUGAUAUAUGUUAUUCAUUCUCUGUCAGUGUGAGACCCGCCUGAAAUCCUUCAGCAAACCUGUAGCAGGAAUGCUCUGCAGCCAGUCACCUUGUUGGAGGAGAAGUGCUGCUCUCAAGAGCAGUGCUUGGAUUGUUCGUCAGUAUGCACAAAUUCUGGUUGGCUUUGGUUAGAACACCUGAAUAUGAAAAGAGGCAGGAACUGCAGGGGAUUGGCAAGAAAAGCAUUUUGCUAACGGGCAUUUCUGGCUGUUGCUGUGACCUUGAGUUCAGGAAGGAACAUCUGACUUUUGCAGGAGGCAGAAACUAGUAGAUGUGUGUAGCAACAUAGUAAUCAACUAACUGUUUUCCCUGCUGAGUAUCAUUUCAUUGAAGAGGAAAGUUAAAAUCCUAAGAGAGGAAUUGCAUUUGCACUCUAGUGGUUCUGUAACAGUAACAUCUUGGUGUUAGCAAGUGGAUAGGACAACAGAAAGUGAAGAACAACUAGGAGAUAUUUUGUCUAAGUUGUUCUAAUUCUUACUGGUAAGUAUAUUUUCCGUUCUUUUAGUUUGUUCCUUUUUUAUUAGGAUUAAAGUGGGCUGAGAGAUGAAGUUCUCAGGUGAAGCUUGAAAAAGCUAUCUGCAAGUUUUCAUUGCUGUGUCUCAGUAAAUUACUUUGCUCAUAUUGGGGACUUGCAUUAUUUUUCUUCUAUUACCUGUAAACUUUAUUGUGUGAUAUUAGUAGGAGCUGAAUUUCUUAUUUUUAAUGAAUGUAGAACACCUCUUUGUGGAACUGUGAGGCAUAGCAAUUACUAUGUUAGUGAAGACAUUAGUGUAUAUUACUGUUUAUGAUUUAAGGGAACAUUUUAAAUGGCUAAUAGAUUUUUUAAAUAUAUUUUUUCAACCUGACCAUUGCUCUUCACACAUUUUUACCCUGUUUUGUCUGUUAAGUCAGCUCUCAACAUUGUUUUUGUUGUUUGACUUAACGCUAGCAUGUAUCUGUUCAUCCAGAGGCUUUAUCAGAGCUCAAACUGAAGGACAUUAUCAAUUCACCUUACUUGUAUUUUACCACUGUUCCUUAAAAAUAGCUGUAUCUUGAAAUAAGACUGCAGCCUGAAACAUACCUUAAUUAAUGCAGAUAUUUCAGUCUCAUAGCUCAGCUUUAAAAAAAGAAAAAAGAAAUAAAUCCCACUAUGUCCUACUUGUUCUCUUCUCUAGCAGUCUUUUUUCUUCAUUAUGUGCUGUCCAUGCCGUGAUUUCCUUCCUCCCACACUCUCUCUGAAUAAAUAUAUUUUGGUAACAACAUGAAGAUGUAACUGGUGGAUGGGACCUCUCAAUUGUGUGAGAAUACCCAACAUAGCCUGAUUUUUGCAAGCGAUGUGCACAGUUAGCUGUUCUCUGAAUAUCUUUAAGGAGAAGGAGUGUGAGGACUGAAGAGUGAAUUUUUGGAAUCAGUGCUGGCCUUGCUUUAUGUCUUUCUUUGGUGUUUGUGCCUCUGUUCAUCAGCAGCAUGAGAUAUUUUUCUCCCUUUCCACUCCUCCUCCCCUUUUCCUGCUUCUGUCCCUCAGUCACCACAUCCUUCCUAGUGCUGCUUAUCACUGACGUUUUUUCUUCUCUCUGUUCUCUCUGCUGCCCGUGAUUAAACACCUGGAACAUUUCCAGCCUGAUGACUACAGAGUUUUGCCAUGAAACUCCUUUGAGAUUUACUGCAGUAAGGCUGUUUCUUGAAAUGCGUUGCUCUGAAGGAGUCAGCCUUUAUGCACUCUAAUACUUUGUAUAGGUUUUUAGAAUGAUGGGCGUAUUAAAUGCGUUAUUACUAACAGGAUAACUGCAACAAUCUGCUUGAGGUCUCGUAGUAGAAAAAUGUUUGAUUGUUAGAAAUUGUACAAAAUUCUUCAUCUAGAAAACUAUCUUCCUUUCAACUAAAAUAUGCACACAACUGAACGGGUUGAUGUUCUGCUGCUAUUGAAUUUCGAGAUUCCGCUCUUGAGGGUUAGCCUGACGUUGCAUCAACUGCUAUGCACUAAUUAGGCAAGUUUCUAAACUCCAAUAUUUGAAAUUAGUACUGAAUCGUGUAACUGAGGUUCAUCUCAGCUUCAGAUGUUAAAAAAAAAAAAAAAAAGAUAAAGAAAAAAAAAUCACUUUUGAUGGAAGAUGUGAGAGCUACAACACUACAUUGCUGAGUUGCUAUGUUCCAGCCAAUUGCUACAUCAACUUCUGUGAUGAAUGGUGGAGCACAGUUACCUGUGUGAAUUAAACUCAACAUUUUGCUUAAGAAACAGUAUGUGCAUAUGCCUUGCUGGAUAGGAAAUACUGCAUGAUAUACAGGCUUUGAAGCUUCUUCAAUAAUGUAAGCUUUUAGACUGCAAGUCUUUAGACUCUGAAGGCUCUGUUUUUUGUUACUUGUCUUGCACACAAGGCUGUGUGCCCUGGUAAAACACCAUGUAUCAGUCAUGUCAGUUUCAUUGCCACCAGGCGCUUCUCCCAGAGUUGGAGCGUUGUUUAGUGUAUAGCUGCUAGUAACAUAGCUCACCAGCUGAGACUGUGUGGAAUUCAAAGGCAGUUCAGUGAAUGCUCUUCCAUCUUGGUGAGGGUUUGAAGAAGCUUUCAAUCAAUGGAAAACAAAUUUUGAUUUGUAAGUUAGCCAAGUUAUUGUUUUCUUAAAUUCAAGUGCCAAAAAAACCCUCCAAAAACAGAAAGAAGAGAGCAAAAGAAUCUUCCUCUGGAGCCCUGUACAGACAGGACAAUAACAUCAGGUUGUUGGCAGUGCUGUGACAGCCCCGAAGGAACUGGUCACUGAGAACACGGAAAUGCAUUAGAAAAAUACCUUGUCUCAGAAAAGUAGCUAGUAUAUUCUAUAUAGUGUGCUUUCAGUUAGUGCCUCUCUGGAAGUUUCUGGCAGUUUCUUAGAGAUUAUCAAAAGUCUCUCCAUUUAAUUCAGCAUUUAAACUAUAGCUUAAUUUAAUGUGACCAUGAAUGCUGUGAUUCAGCAAAUCUAACCUAAAUAAUAUAUUAUCAAAGUAGAGAACGGAUUUAAGAUUUUUUAAAAGCAAUUAAAUAGGUAGUUUCCAUAUUAUUUAUUUCUUUUUAUCCCUUCAGCACUUUUCUCAGUCUCCUGUCCUUGCGCUCUGUCCCUGUUUUCCUUUUCUUUGCCUUUAUUCUUCUCACAGGGCUCCUAUUUUUGCUUCCCUUAUCUUUUAUCCCGCUCUUCCCUGAGUCCUCUUUUGUCCUCCCUGACCUAUCUUCCCACUUAAAAUACUUUCUUCCUGGCCUCGUGGAGCAUCGCCAUGGUGACUGCAUGAUGUCACUGCAUGGGGAGCUGUUGCCCAGGAAACCAUAUGAUGUCAUUGCACUAGAGACAGUUGCCAUGGUUACUGAGUUGACUGAGGUAACUGGGAAUAAAGGAGUUGCUAGCAGACCGGUGCCAGGAAAUGCUCCCUUUAAUGGGAAUUAAAAAAAGUCACUUCUUAUGUAUUUAUGUUCCAGGGAGGGCUGCUUGUGAUUCAAAGUCCCUGUUUCUUUUCCUGAUGCAGUGUGCUCAGUUUGGGCUUCUUUCAGUUGGGCUGUGUGAUCUUGCUCAUCUGUUUCUACUCUUGAAUGUUACUGUGGACAUCACGCCACAAUAAAAUGGAAAAAAGAACUGUGUUGUCAUGUGCUUCUGUGUAAUAUGUGUUCCCACCUGGUGUUGCUGUUUGCUUUUUCCUGUUUGGUUUCUUUUUUUUCCGUGAUGAAUACUCCAGCCCAGUUAUUAUCCCAGCUGAUGUCAGAGAUACACUAACAGUGAAUAUUGCAUGUCUGAGCUUGCUUCAUCUGCCCCAGGCUCUGUCUCUAAAAGGCACGCUCUAAUUUGUUUUCCACUUCUUUUCUGCCUUUACCUGCUUUUUGUUUUUCAUUGUAGAGAUUGCAGGAGUUCCAGGAGAAGUCCAAUGUGAAAGGUGAAGCAGAGGUUAAAUAAGAAGUAGGAGGCAGCUAUUAGAGAUGAAAAAAGAUGUGCAAGAUUGCACUUCACUGAGUGCAAUGUGUAAACGUGUGUAGCUAAUCGUGUUUCAUGUAAGGAUGCAGGAAUGUGAGCAUUGGUAACCGUUUGUCUUAAUAAUAUUGUCUGUGCCUCUGAUGUGUUGAUCAGUAGCUCUGGCAGAAUGUUGUCUGUGCAUAUAAACACACACAAAUAUAUAAUUGCUGUGUGGAUAAAUAAACUUUUACAAAAAUAACUUUUCCAGACUUUCUGCAAUAUGGGUGAAUUAUAUGUCUAAGAUAAAGUUUUGGAGUUCCUGAAAUGUUGUCUCCUGAAAUGUUGGGAGGAGGCUGGCAUCAAGGUAGCAUCUAAGGUUUGGCACAACUGGGUGAAGAGUAGGGAAGAGAGAAUGUAAUUUCACUGGGUAAAGAUCAGAAUUUCCAGGCUUGGUUAUGGGGGAAACAAAGGAGUGACAACUGGGAAUUUUGGGGGUGGAGUAGUAAAAAGCUUUUAUUAGAGUUUAUCUUUUUAUUCACUUCCUCAUUUGAGUACUAUUUGUAUAACUGUUUAUUUGCUCGGUGUACUGCUCAAAGUAAUAUUAACCUCUCUGCCAAAGUAACUAAAAGAAAAUUGUGUUUCACACCUGUAUCUAGGUAGGCCAGUAGGAAACAGCAGUUAUAAGAGAUCAGAUGGCAAUAAGAUAAAACAGCUAAUGGAGGUGAAAAGUAGCAGACAGUCAGCACUAAGAGGUUCAUAACGGUCAGGAGGAAGAGUUACAUGGGAGGUGGAGUUCUGACAUCACGAUAAGAAGUUGGCAGCCAUUCCAAGCCUUUGUGGUAUAGUCUGUCCCAAGAAACCCACAGUCAUAACAUUUGUUGAUAGUAUGGUCCUAUAUGGAAACAUUAUUAGUUAUGACAGUUAUAGCAAGUUUUCAGAGGAAGUGACAUUUACAUAAGAUUUCUGCCAUUUUUUCAGAAAUGCUACAGCUCAUAAAUAUUAAUUUAAACAGAGAAGAAGAGAGGAAUUCCACACACAAGUUCUUAAGAGAUUAGGAUAGGUAUCAGCAAGUGCUAUAAUUCUCAGAUUUUACAUCCUACAGCCCCAUUUUAUGGUGACAACAGAGCAGUUGCAGCUUCUGCAGAGGUCGUGUAUCUGCCCUCUUCCCCCAAAGACAGUGGUGGCUGUCAGCUCUUGCAGGGUCCCAUAGGAAUCUAUGUCAGUCUUUGUAAAGAAGAGUCAUCCAGAGCCUAUCUUAGGCAAACUGUUUCCUGAUAAUUAAGCUAACAUUUCACAGACCUGCAGGACAAACUGAAGAAUGUGUUUUGGGAGAGAUGCCUAAGCUAUCACAGGACAGCACUGUUUUAUAAGUUCUCAAACAGUAGCGAUAUUUUAAAUAUAUUCUUAAAGGAAACUAUUCGUACAGCUUGUUAGACUUUGAUGCUCUUUAUUACCCACAAUUACAGAAGGAUAAUUUGCCUGAGAAAAAAUCAUUACCAACAGCAUGCUAGACCUCCGUUUCAUCUCCUGAGGAAAUAACCAUUGCAAGCAAUAUAACCUACUGUGUUUUCAAUGUAAUGCACUGCUCGUUCUGCUCAGUGUGACUUCAGGUAAAACUGUAUUUCCAAGAGGCAGCCUAGUCAGCUGUGAAUCAAUAUGGAUUCCCCAGUAUCAAUUAGAGAAUAGGAUUUCAAAUAUCCUCAGAGCCCAGAAAAGUGCCUGGCACUUGUGGCUGGCUCUGGAUCUAAAUAUCCUGGAUUUUUCCAAUCUCUUCUGGCUCAGCUGAAGGAUCACAGGUGUUGUUUGGGGAAAAUACCCUAUUAUGAGUUGUGAAUAUAAAUCUGUCUCUAAUCAGUGUGUCCCAUAUCUUUUGACCAGUUAUUUUGCUUAGCUUUAUUUUGAAGACAGAGGAACAAAUAAAUGGGAGAACAGACCCAAGCACUGAUGAACUUUGAACUUACUUGAAUGUGAAGCUGAUUAGCCACAAUUGAGAGAGCACAAAACCCCAAUCUGAACACCCUGAAAUUCAGCACAGGAAGCUUCUGGAUCUAAAGUCUGUGUUUCACAUGCAUCUUCACCUGUAUCCAUCUUUACCUGUGAAAGAUAAAAGCAGCUUCAGAUUGUUUCCUUCCCAGAAGUACAGGGCUGCUUCUCCAUUGUGUAAUCCCGCUGAGCUGAGAGAUGACACAGAGAGUGUCCCAGCUCCUGGACCCCGGGUUUUCCCGAAGUGUCAGGUCACUCCUCCUCACAGGUAAUUGUUUACCAUCAUCAUCUAAAAGAACUGCAUCUUCCAUGACUAGAUUUACAGGUACAACCACUUCAAAAAAAAAAAAAAAAAAAAAAGUAUUCACAGUGAGGUAAAUAUGUGGGUUUAUUGCAGCCAAGCCACUCCUUUCAGUGCUCAUUCCUUCUUAGACAUCUGCUCGCCGAUGUUAAAACCCUGAGCACCUUUGGCAAGGGGAGUGAACUCUGAGAUCUGCAGCACCUGUAGCAGCGGAGCAAUAUUUGGGAAGGAAGUGUUGUCAGAGGAAAAGCAGCAGCUUCAACUUGUGUUCCAUGUGAGACAAGUGAAUCUUGAUGACAGCAGUUUAUCAUUAACCUGAACACUGCAAGAAGCAUAUAAAGAGAGAAAGAAGAAGAAAGCCAGAGAGGCGUCCAGGAUGGAAUCCACCACCAUAAGGAUCAACAAUGCUGCGGAUAUCUCUGUUAUUGUCAUCUAUUUUCUGGUAGUCCUGGCAGUGGGAAUAUGGGCUAUGUACUCAACCAACCGAGGGACAGUAGGUGGAUUCUUUCUGGCUGGACGGAACAUGGUUUGGUGGCCGAUUGGAGCUUCACUCUUUGCCAGUAACAUUGGCAGUGGACAUUUUGUGGGCAUAGCAGGAACAGCAGCAGCUGGAGGAGUUGCCAUCGGAGGGUAUGAAUGGAAUGCUCUGAUAUAUGUGGUUGUUCUAGGAUGGGUGUUUGUACCCAUCUACAUCAAAGCUGGGGUGGUGACAAUGCCAGAGUAUCUGAGGAAGCGUUUUGGUGGGAAACGGAUUCAGGUCUACCUGUCAGUCCUGUCACUGAUCCUGUAUAUUUUCACAAAGAUCUCAGCAGACAUAUUCUCUGGAGCUGUGUUUAUACAGUUGGCCAUAGGGCUGAAUUUGUACUUGGCCAUUGUUAUCCUGCUUGCUAUUACUGCUCUUUACACCAUCACAGGUGGCCUUGCAGCAGUGAUUUACACAGAUACCUUGCAGACGUUUAUCAUGGUUGUGGGAUCUUUUAUUCUCAUGGGAUUUGCAUUUAAAGAGGUAGGAGGGUAUGAUGCAUUCAUGGAGAAGUAUAUGGCUGCAAUUCCAUCCAAUAUCACCUAUGGAAAUACUACAAUUGAUCCCAAAUGCUAUACUCCUCGAGCGGAUGCUUUUCACAUCUUCCGAGAUCCUGUCACUGGAGAUCUGCCAUGGCCAGGCCUCACCAUUGGUUUGAGCGUCCUCACUCUGUGGUACUGGUGCACAGAUCAGGUUAUUGUCCAAAGAUGUCUCUCUGGCAAGAACAUGUCCCACGUGAAGGCUGGAUGUGUGAUGUGUGGAUACCUGAAGCUCUUGCCCAUGUUCAUCAUAGUGAUGCCUGGAAUGAUCAGCCGAAUUUUGUAUACAGAUGUGGUGGCUUGUGCUGUGCCUGAGAUCUGCCAGGAGGCCUGUGGCACCGCGGUUGGCUGUACCAAUAUUGCUUAUCCAAAAAUGGUAGUAGAACUUAUGCCAAAUGGUCUACGAGGUCUGAUGUUGUCAGUCAUGUUGGCAUCCCUUAUGAGCUCCUUGACUUCCAUUUUUAACAGUGCUAGCACGCUGUUCACUAUGGACAUUUACACCAAAAUUAGAAAACAACCAUCAGAGAAAGAGCUUAUGUUAGCUGGAAGGGCAUUUAUGUUGGUUUUAAUCGGCAUCAGCAUUGCCUGGGUUCCUGUGGUGCAGUCAGCUCAAAGCGGGCAGCUCUUUGAUUACAUCCAGUCAGUUACUAGCUACCUGGGACCUCCCAUCGCUGCUGUCUUCCUGCUCGCCAUCUUCUGCAAGCGAGUAAAUGAGCAGGGUGCCUUCUGGGGCCUGAUAGUUGGGCUGUUCGCUGGGCUCGGUAGGAUGAUAUCAGAGUUUGCCUACGGAACGGGGAGCUGUGCGAACCCUUCCAACUGCCCCUUCAUCAUCUGUGGCAUUCACUACCUUUACUUCGCAAUUAUUCUUUUCGGGGUCUCUGCCAUCGUUAUCCUGGCAGUCUCCUUCAUGACUAAGCCGAUUCCUGACGUACAUCUUUAUCGCUUGUGCUGGACUUUGCGCAACAGCAAAGAGGAACGUAUUGAUCUUGAUGCAGAUGAUGAGGAGGAGAAACCUGAUGAAAAAGAUGGGGAAUCAGUUUCAGAGGAAAGUGAAGACCCAGGAUGCCUAAAGAAAGCUUACAACUGGUUCUGUGGCUUAGAGCAAAAAGGACCCAAACUGAGCAAAGAGGAAGAGGAAGCACUAAAGAAGAAACUGACUGACACAUCAGAAGAGCCGCUUUGGAGAAAUGUUGUGAAUAUCAAUGGCAUCAUCCUACUGACUGUGGCUGUAUUUUGCCAUGCCUUUUUUGCAUAAGCCUCUGAUUACAGUUCUGAAAUCGUACUGUAUUGUCAAGCAGAAACAAUGCGUUGUAAACUUACACAGUUAAAAUCAUUUUGUAUUUUCAUGCUCUAAGUUUGUAAAAAUCAGGGUAAUUUACUCUCUGAUUUUGUGACCAUAAUUUCAACAGUCUAAGAUCAAGACUACUGGGAGUUCAAGAAAGAGAAUUUCCAUUUAGAAAUUGAAUCAGUCCAGGAUUAAUAGAGGUUCAGAAUUUCCAUCCAAUAUUCUCCCUUCUCAUUAUACAUUUCAUAUUUUCGGUGCAGAACAAGACUGCACGAACCAUUGGCUCAUUUCAUGAGCCAUUUAUCAGGGUUUGUGAAUUAUCUUUUGGGGCCGAUGAUACUAUUUUAAUUUUCAACCCUUUCUCUUCUGAUUAUUCAAUUUUUUUUCCUUUGCCUAUGAUAAUUUGAUUACUAAAAAAAAAAAAACCCUACAAACAACUGAGGGGCCAUCUUGUGGGUCCAAACUAAAAAAUCAGUUCUGUUCUCUCAAAGCACAGCACUAAAGGACUUUUGUAAAUAUCGAUGCAUUUGAUACUGCAUCUAACUUUCCAUUAUCACUUUUACCCACUGUCAUUUUCUGUGAUAUUUUUCAUCAUCUUGUGUUUCUCAGUAAUGAGUAGAACAUGGACCAUCUGCACUGAUUGCCUUUUGAAACUGGUCAAAACGAGAUUCAAUUAUCCUGUCGGAAAUUCUGCUUAUGAUAGCUUCUCUGGUUAAGGUUAACUGCAAAAUGUCCCCCUCUUGUAUAUUUUGAUAUGUGUCUAUACUUGAAUGUGAAGCUUUUUUAUACAAAAUACAUGUAUUAUAUAUACACACAAUACAUUAUAUAUAUGCACAUAUAUAUUAUAUAUUAGAAUAUAUGUAUGUGUGUGUAUAUAUAUAUUUAUUUAUUUAUUACUGAUUGAUCCCCAUCUAGGUAUGUCAAAGUUAAUCUCUACCCACAGUUGUUAGGACCUCUUUAUCCUGGAGAUGGUGUUAAUGUUUUGCUUCUUUCUAUGAACUGUACUACGAAACAAUCCGUGAACAUCGUUAAAAGUCCAAAGCAUCGAAGUGCUGGCUUUGCAUUUUUCUUUUCAGAACAUCUGAGGGCUUUGCACUACUCCUCUGAAAGACCAUAAAUCUUUCUUCUGAAGACUUCAUUGAGAAAUAUAAUUCAUGCUGUAUGAAAUUUCAGUAUGGCAGUGUGAGUUUGAGAACAGCCACAGCGGUGGGAUGUCAGCUAAGUCACUCUGACUGUCACCACUUGCUAAGUUUGAGACCUGCUGGAGAUGCAGGCGAAGACAGAGGUAACUCUGAAAGUCAAAAAGCAAUAAAUCUUGUGCUCUAUGGGUGAUUCAGCCUCUUGGGGAAUCAAACGUAGAAAGAAGACAUCAGCUGCUGUAGUCAAGCUACAGCACAAUUCCUUGUUACUGCUGCACAAGUGUUGUGGCGUGCUGUGUUGUCUCAAAGCAUUUCAGCGCGAUGUGUCUUCCCACAGCAUUCUGCAGCAGGACCAACCGCCCUGUGCUAGGUGCAUCUCACUUGGAAGCUGGUGUCACCUCUGUACACGCCACCACGUCGCUGCCAGCUCCUCCAGCUUUAGUCGUUCUCACUUUAACAUCUUCUGACAGCAUCUCCUCUUCAUUUACAUCUAAAACAAAGUGCUCUGCUGUUCCUCAUGAUAAACCCUGCCGUAUACUGACAAGGUUUGCAAGGGCCAGAUUAAAUUAGUACUAUAUAAACAUCAGUGCAAACUUUUUUCUUGCAGUUAAUACAGCGAGAGAGUAUUUUAAAGACCUUGGAAUGAAUUGUAUUUAAUAGACUUUGAAGUCAUGUAUGUAUUAAAGUAUUUGUAUGUUUUGAAGCAUUUGGUGUCCACAAAAUGAUGAGACUUCUAAAGAAUGUAAUGGAAAACAGAGAAACUUAAUUUGGUGUCUAGAUUUUGGUUCUGCAUAACAGUAAUGGACAACAAAUAAGUAAGAAAGCCUCAAGAAAAGGACUGCCCAGAUUCCUCGUUGUCAUGCUUUGUUGCAGAAGGAAAAUACAGUGAAAUUACACAACCACUGGGAUGAAGGCAAAUAACACAAGUGAUUUCCUGGUGGCCCCAUCAGCCUUUAGAUGACCUCCUCAUUAAUCAGUCACCGUCACUUCGUCUUCUUUCCCAGGGUUAAAGGAUUUUGAAAAAUUAACUCUGAGUUUGACAGAGGCGUUCAUUGUACAUCCUCAACAAGCUGCUUUUGUUCAGGUCUGAGAACUGCCUGUGUAGGGACCAAGGUUCAAAUGUUUCCAUGAAGGCUGACUCCUGUUUGGAGCGCUCUAAUUUUGUAGAAUUUCACAUUGCCACGCGAUUUUACCAUGGGCAGCUUUAGAUUAAUAAAUUAAUAGAUUAAUAAACGUCA